UGCAGGCAGGUCAUGAUCCGUUCGCAACCGCCCUCCCAAAAGCCUCCAGCCUGGGUGUCACCCGCGAAACGGCCUUGUUGUCUUUAGACGCUGAUGGCAAACCGACAAACCUCCUCGCAGCAAAUCAAAGCCCUGACAAGCCAGGCAUGCAGGCUGUGGUUGUGUAAGAACAUUUGAUUGUUGGUGUUUUCGAGGAUUAGGGACCAACUUUUCCCGUACUGUUUCUGUUGCUCCAACCAGCAGGCCUCGCUGCUAUUGGUCCGCCUGGCUGGCGGGUUGCCCUUCCCUUCACCAGCAUCCUGUUGUUUUGCUGUGAGUCACGGCACGGAAACGCUGAAACUCGCUUUGGUGUGUUUUUGCGGUGAUGUUGAGAUGAGCUUCCGCACUGGCCUCACGCUUAAUGUGCUCAGUGCUCUGGAGCCCGAUCAUGUCAAUCAGCUAAACCUGUGUCUCUACCUUUCAUAAGAAAAACAGCACGGGAUAAGGACCACGGGCGCCCUCUGGUGGUUUUGAACGGUGGAGCACGGCGGAAGUAGACAGCAGUCAGCUGAUCAACCCGGAAGUGAUGACGACACCAACGAAUAGACCGUCCAAAACACGGAAUAAGAAAUACGGUAAACAGUGAUUUUCACCGACCCCCUUCGAACAUGGUGCGAUGCUUUCUGAUUCACACCGUGUGCCCAGUCAGCGCCCUGUCUGCCGGGGAAUGUCGGGUGUUGUACUCCCGCUUUUUCGGUCCAGACGAAGCCAUCCUGUCUGAGAGGCACCGGGAGCUCAGCCCGGAGGAGAGAAGACUACUACAGAAGGAGAAACUAUUGGUCGUAGCAAGGAAGGUUCUGAGUGCCGUCUCUCUGUCCCGGGAGGCCUCGGGCCGGCUGCUGGUUGACCACGGCCCCGGGGAGGAGGCCCUGGCCCUGCAGGACGCCGACAGCGGGGUGGUGCGGCUGACGUCCGGGCGCCCUUUCUCCGACGAGGCCAGCGCCCUGUGGCUGGGUGUGCAGAGUCUGGGCUUCGCGCUGGUCUGCGAGCCGCACGAGAACCUGCUGCUGGCCGAGGCCACCCUCAGGAACCUGACCCGCCACUGCCUGGAGGACCUGCACAUGCUGGGGCAGGGCAGCGAGGUCCUCUUGAAGAGCAGCCGUGUGGACGUCCUGCUCAGCCGCCUGCUUCCUCACGGUCAGCUCCUCUUCCUGAACCACCGCUUCGCCCAGAGUCUGGAGAAGGAAGUGGUGGCCCACAUGAGCAAGUGA